UGAGAACUGUGGGCUCCUUGAGGUACCAGAGCUCCGUGACGGAGCACAAAUCCAAACGCAGUGUUGUCCCAGGGAGAAGAGCCAACUCUGAUGUACAGUGGCUGGUUUGUGCUCUGGCGACCACUGUGCUGGAUGUGGGCAGAGGCCUGGCUCCUGCCCUUCCUGGGCAGAAAGAGCACCACAGGGAUUGGAACUCAAGAUCUUGUGCUUUCGAGGCAAGCGGUGGCACCACUGACGUAAACCUCCAGCCCUGGGACUUUAUUUUAAAAGACACUUGGCUGGAAAUACUGCGGAUCUGUGAUCCUACCAAUUCAGGACGCAGAGGCAGGAGGACCACAAAUUUGAGAGGCCCCAGCCUGGGCCUCCAGGAACAUUUCUUUGGAGGAGCUGCUGUGACCUAUCAUACCACCGUGUCUACCUGCUGUGUUCCCUGUGGGCAGCCUGGCACACUGGAGAGUGGAUGGUACCCACCAUCUUGUUCCCUGGUUGUCCACACUGAGGUGAACCUGGUCACCAUGAUGCUGCUGCACCUGGCCCUCCCCAGCUACCUCCUGCUGGCUCUGCUCACCUGCACCGCCACUCCCCAGGCGCUAUCGAGGUCUGUGGGGCAGCCAUCCGUCAGUGCUGCCUCUUUCCUAGACGACCUCAUGCAGCGUUAUGGCGAGGGCAACAGCCUCACCCUGCCACAGCUGAAGGCCCUGCUCAACCACCUGGAUGUGGGAGUGGGCCGCGAGAACGUCACCCAGCAUGCACAGGGACACAGGAACCUCUCCGUGUGCUUUAGUUCUCGAGACCUCUUCGCUGCCCACAAUUUCAGCAACCAGUCAAGGAUUGGGAGGAAUGAAUUCCAGGAGUUCUGCCCCACCAUCCUUCAGCAGCUGGAUUCCCAGGCCUGCUCAGCCGAGAACCAGGAGAACGAGGAGAACGAGCAGACGGAGGAGGGGAAGCCGAGUGCCAUCGAAGUGUGGGGCUUUGGUUUCCUCAGUGUCUCACUGAUUAACCUGGCCUCUCUCCUGGGAGUCCUCGUCAUGCCGUGCACAGAGCGAGCGUUUUUCCACCGGGUGCUCACUUACUUCAUCGCCCUGUCAAUUGGAACGCUGCUCUCUAACGCGCUCUUCCAGCUCAUCCCAGAGGCUUUUGGUUUCAAUCCUCUGGAAGAUUAUUAUGUCUCCAAGUCUGCAGUGGUGUUUGGGGGCUUCUACCUUUUCUUUUUCACAGAGAAGAUCUUGAAAAUGCUUCUUAAGCAGAAAAAUGAGCACCAUCACGGACAUAACCACUUUGCCUCGGAAACGCUUCCUUCCAAGAAGGACCAGGAGGAGGGAGUGAUGGAGAAACUGCAGAAUGGGGACCUGGACCACAUGAUUCCUCAGGCCUGCAGCAGCGAGCUGGAUGGCAGGACCCCCAGCAUGGACGAGAAGGUCAUUGUGGGCUCACUGUCUGUGCAGGACCUGCAGGCUUCGCAGAGCACCUGCUACUGGCUGAAAGGUGUGCGCUACUCUGACAUCGGCACCCUGGCCUGGAUGAUCACCCUGAGUGACGGCCUGCAUAAUUUCAUCGAUGGCCUGGCCAUCGGUGCCUCCUUCACCGUGUCUGUUUUCCAAGGCAUCAGCACCUCAGUGGCCAUCCUCUGUGAGGAGUUCCCACACGAGCUGGGCGACUUCGUCAUCCUGCUCAAUGCCGGGAUGAGUAUCCAGCAGGCCCUCUUCUUCAACUUCCUCUCUGCCUGCUGCUGCUACGUGGGCCUGGCCUUUGGUAUCCUGGCGGGCAGCCACUUUUCUGCCAACUGGAUUUUUGCUCUGGCUGGAGGAAUGUUCCUGUAUAUUGCUCUAGCUGAUAUGUUCCCAGAGAUGAACGAGGUCUGCCAGGAGGACGAAAGGAAAGGCACCAUGCUGGUGUCCUUCGUCAUCCAGAACCUGGGCCUCCUGACCGGCUUCACCAUCAUGCUGCUCCUUACCAUGUACUCAGGGCAGAUCCAGAUUGGGUAGGGCCCUGUGGGCCACUGACAUCACAGGGCAGGCCCUGGGCUGCUGUCGCUGUCUGAGAACUCAGCAUCUGUGCAGCACACGUAAGAGGCAGCUCUGUAAAAACUGCCGUGGACCAUCCGCCUGCAUUCAGACGUCGGCUCUUUCAAGACGCUGUGUCCUAGAAAGCAGGCUGCCCAGUAGCCACUCUCUAGGUAGUGCCUCGCCCCUGUCCUUGCUCCCUCCCUCACGGUCACGCUGGAACCCGAAUGUCACAGACAGGACAAGCCUCUCCCUUUGCUCUCUGGUUACUCUGAUCUCUCUUGGAAGCAACACUGUGAGAUUUGGCAUCUUCAACCCUGCAGUGUAAAAUUAGAGCCACGUCAGAGCCUGGGUAGAAACAUCCCCAGGUGAAUCCAUCCUUGCAGGCCCCGAAUCAAAAUUGCAUCCUGGACCUGAAGGUGCCCCUUUUGAUUUGGUUCUCCUGCUCUUCCAAAGAAAGGACAGACCACAGGCAACCCUCCCACCUAUCUGUGAGAAUCUGUUCAUUUUCUGUCAAUGUUCUCAGAGAACUAAAACUCAAGCACGUGAAUAGGGCAGAGAGGCAGGGGCCAUCCUGAGUGGCAGGAAGUAGAACCAGUGACGUGGGACCUGUCAGGGUGCUCACUUGGUCCCACCAGGAUGCUGGAUGCUGCUCUUGUCCAACCCUGCUGUCCCCUGGCUCUCUGGCCAAGCCAGCGUAGGGGUCAGCUGCCCAGCCGCUGCCUCUUUCAUGUUAACACUGACAGUGGGAGGGGUAGGAGCCCUGCAAGAAAAGAACUGGUUUUGCUAUGGUUCCUACCUCCCCUUCCCAGCUCCCUUCUUCUAAGACACUUUUUAGCUGCCUCUCUAGAAGCACAUUUCAAAUGUUUAUAUGGCAGGCAUGGGUGGUAAUAAAAAGAUCUUUCCAAGUGUUUUAGAGUUCAGUCAGCAUCUAAACACGUUCAGUGCCUCAGGGUGCCCAGUAGUGCUAAGGCUGAGGCAGGCAGGUUGCUGUGAGGUUGAGGUCAGUCCGGGCUACAUAGUGUGUUCAAGGGCAGCCUGAACUACAUAGUGAGACCCUGUCUCAAAAAACAAAAACAAUAACAAAAAAUUGGUUGUAUUAGAGGGGAGACUGCACAGAUUCACUGCCCCAGUCAAGACUUCUGCUGCAGACUGGUGAGCUUACUUGUAGAGUAAGAGUGUGGUUGUUUAUGUUUUACCAUGGUGACAAGGGAAAUCAGGCGUGGGUGCAGGCCAAGUUGAGGACCUGCUAAUUACAUAAACACAAGUGUGAAUACCAGAGGGCUCUAGACUGAGGUCAGAAACUCACCACUUGGCCUUGGGGUGCUGCAGAUGUCACUGCUGCAAGUGGGGUUUAGCAUUGCUUUCUGAUGACACGUCCUGGCUCGCCCGUUAUGAAUUGUUCUAAUCCUCUCCAGAAAGCGGAUGGUGUUCUUGUCCCUAACACCACAGGCCAGCUGCGGGUGCUGUGGAGCCCCUGCCUCAGAACUCUGGCUUCCAGGGGAGCUGAUCUCCAGGUUCACUAGGUGAAUUGAUUUAUUAUUAUCAUAUUGAUAAUGCGAGACUAGCCACUCUGGGGAGCCAGUCUCCCCAGAAGCCUUCUUAGUGGUGCCCACAGUCAGCCCGGGGGCCGUGUUUGUCUGCAGGACAGACAAGAGCACAGGUUUAUCGCCAGUGCCUGAGCUUUUCUGUUCUCAGUGAUUCUGAGCAGCAUCUAUUUUGUUUUUUCUUCUUGGGAAACAGACCUCAAACCAGGAAUCCUCCUGAAAAGAUCAUGAGUAGGGGGACUGCUCGGUUUCCCUCUGAUCUUGCUUAGACUUGAGUGGAUUUAAGAGCAGGCUGAAGGAGGAGGAACUUCAGCCGUUGGGAUUCUAGAUCGAAUGUCAGGACCAACUCCUGGUAGGGUUAGGGUCCAGUUUUACCAAAGAACCAACUCCUUGGACAUUGGAAUCUAACUUUAUUUUAGCAACAUCUGUUAGUACUGUUUUAAAAUGCUUCUUUGUCUUUUCUGUUUUAUAAUUCUCAGAUUGCUUUCAGGAGCUAGGAGAAAAUGACACAAUGUAAGACUCAGGUGGGUGUACUCAGUGAUGGAGCACUUGCCUAGCCUGUGUAGGGCCCUGGCUUCCGUCUUCAGCCCUGCAAAAAUACACACACACACACACACACACACA